UGUUCAAAUUGCCAACCUUCAUUACGAUUAUUUUCCCUAUAAAUUUGAUUUCUACACAAAUUCGGGAGACCCAAAUCAGCCCUUUUCAUUUUUAUGUUUUAUUUUUUAUUUUUUAUUUUUCAUUUAUAUAAAUAAAAUCCAGCGAUAAUCAUUUUGCUGUUUGUCCUCUUUUUUCUUGAUCGAAGGGCACAUAGAAACGCCCUUUGGUUUUCUUCCGCUCUCUUAAAAUUGUCAGAAUUUCUCGAUCAGCAGGAAUAUACAUUGUACUGAAGGAUCUUCGAUUGUUGAUCCCAAUUGUAAUAGAUCUGUAAUGUAUUUGAAUAAUCUUACACAGAUUUGUAUUUACUUAUUCAUUUCCCUUUUCUUUUGGGUGAAUUUGUGGUUGGAUUUGUAAAUUGUUUGAUGUUUUGUGCUAAUCAUUUCUGGAAUCGAGAUCGGUGUUGUAUCUGAUUCGGGAUUACUUAUAAGAUUGUUGGUUUCUAAAUUAGGGUUAAAAAGGAUGAACAAAUCUGGAUGUGUAUUGGUUUGGGCGUUUUAAUACUUCAUUUUUAUUGUUGAAUGGUUGCUGAUUGAUCUGUUAGUUUGUGUUCUUUGAUUGUCAUAAACAAAUUGAAUUUUUGAAUUGAUGUUUUGGAAUUAGGGUUAGAGAAGCUGGGAAAUUUCAGUGGAUUGAUCGGAUUGAGAUUCAUUUUGGCUUGUGAUUAGUUAUAAUGGUGCGCCUUGGAUGGAAAAAUUUUAUGUCUCCUUGCUGGGGGGUGACGGGGUCUUCUGUGGAUGUCACUGGAAGCCAUGGCUGCAGCAUCAAAGCUGGCGAUGAAAAGGGUCGGUCGGAGGGUUUAUUUUGGUACAAAGAUAUGGGGUACCAUAGCCAUGGGGAAUAUUCGAUGGCUGUAGUUCAAGCUAAUAAUGUAUUGGAAGAUCAAAGCCAGAUUGAAUCGGGAUUGUUGGGUUCUACAAAUGGCACUUUUGUUGGGAUUUAUGAUGGUCAUGCUGGUCCGGAAGCUUCUCGGUUUAUAAACUAUAGCCUUUUUGAAAAUGUUAAAAAGAUUACAUCGGAAUGUCAAGAAGUCUCAAGCGACGUCAUAAAAAAUGCUUAUUUGGCAACCGAAGAAGAAUUUCUUUCGACUGUAAAACAGAAGUGGGAAACAAAACCACAUCUGGCUUCCGUGGGAUCGUGUUGUUUGGUCGGCAUUGUAUGCAAUGGAUUGGUGUACGUUGGAAAUGCAGGAGAUUCUCGAGUGGUGUUGGGGAAAAAGGAAGGCGUGACGAAACCAAUCAAAGCUAUCCAACUAUCAACCGAGCACAAUGCAAGUUUGCAAUCCAUUCGAGAUGAAUUGCACUCAUUGCAUCCCGAGGAUCCUCAGAUUGUUGUCCUAAAGCACAAUGUUUGGCGUGUCAAGGGAAUUAUUCAGGUUUCGAGAUCAAUAGGCGAUGCUUAUUUGAAGAAGCCUGAGUUCAAUAAGGCGCCUUUGUUACCAAGGUUCCGAUUCCCGGGACAUUUUCAAGAACCAAUCCUUUCAGCAGAGCCAUCGGUUCAUGUACACAAAAUCCAUCCCGAUGAUCAGUUCCUUAUAUUUGCAUCAGACGGGCUAUGGGAACACCUCAGCAACCAAGAGGCUGUUGAGCUUGUCCACAGCUCUCCCCACAGCGGCAUAGCCAAGAAUCUCAUCCAAGCAGCACUCCACGCGGCUGCCAAGAAACGGGAGAUGAGAUACUCCGACCUGAGGAAAAUCGACCGGGGAGUGAGGAGACAUUUCCAUGACGACAUAACCGUUAUCGUGCUUUUCCUAAACUCCCAUUUUAUCAAUCGAAGCUCUUCUUCCAAGAGACCGGUCCGGACAAUCGCUGCAGGAGAUGAUAGCUACAUAUAGUGAUGUUGCCAGUUUUAGAGACGUGCACCUCUAUCUAUCGAUCAGUACAAUUCCCGUCGACCGACGAGCUGAGCAAGAAGAAAAAAAGAAAAGCCAUGGAGGUAUUUAGAGAGUUGGCAUUAGGGGCAAAAAAGUCAUUACAGAAGCUCUCAGUGUUGGUGAUUAUGCAGAGGAAGAGAAGAGAGGGAGCAUAUGAAACAGGAGAGGGUAAGUUGCAGUGGUGAGGAAAACAGAGUUUGAUUUAUGAUUUAUUAUUAUUAUUAUUAUUAUUAUUAUGCCUAUUAAUGUUCAAUUUUGAGGCAAUAAAAUUGAUCAAUGGCAAAAAUUUUGGCUAUUAUUGUUAUUAUUAUUAUUAUUAUUUAUUGCACUAUUUUAUUUUAUUUUUUUUAAAAAUGUGGCUAUUAUAUGGUUAUAUUGUUUUG